AUGGAGCGCGACGGCGAGGACCCCGAGAUGCUGGACCUCGGCAUAAAGCUCUUCCUCUAUGUCGCGUACGACUACCUCCCAGAAGCGCCCGUCUCCCCCACCCCCACCCUCUCGCUCGCCGGCGCGUGGUGGGUCCACAACGGCGUCGACCGCAUCAGCCGCCUGCCCGACGUGGUCCUCCGCGACGUCAUCUCCCGCCUCCCCGCCAAGGACGCCGCGCGCACCGCCGCCCUCUCCUCGCGCUGGCGCCCACUCUGUCGCUCGGCGCCCCUCGCUCUUGUCGACAGCCACCUGCUUCCGGACGGCGGCGCCGCCGAUCCGUUCACCAUCGGCGCUCCCUCUCACCGCGCCGUCACCGCUGCGGUGUCCCGCAUCCUCGCGGCGCACCCGGGCCCCUUCCGCUGCGUCCACCUCACCUGCACCACCAUGGACGAGCACCGGGGCGAGAUGACCCGCUGGCUGGACGUCCUCGCCGCCAAGGGGGUCGAGGAGCUCAUCUUUGUUAACCGCCCUUGGCCGCUAGACCUGCGCCUCCCCGCCACCAUCUUCAGCUGCGGCGCCUCCCUCACCCGCCUCUACCUCGGCGUCUGGAGGCUCCCGGACAUGGCCGCCGUGCCGCGCGGCGCAGGCUUCCCCAAACUCCGUGAGCUCGGACUAUGCAUGACUGUCAUGGAGGACUGCGAUCUGGCAUUCAUGCUUGAAAGAAGCCCCGUCCUGGAAUUCCUCGUCAUCAUGGCGAGCCAGACCGGAGUGCGCCUCCGCCUCGUCAGCCAGAGCCUGCGGUGCGUUCAGCUGGACUAUACCCACUUGAAAGACAUCGACGUGGUCGAUGCCCCUCGCCUGGAGAGGCUCUUCCAGUGUACAACUUUUCUUGAGAGCGAGCUCACUGCCACCAGCCUCUCCCCCAUGAACUGCUCUUCCAGGAUCAAGAUUGGGCAUGCACCUAACCUGCGUGUGCUGGGAUAUCUUCAGCCAGGAGAGCAAGAGUUGGGGAUUAGCAACACGGUUAUCGUGGCUGGGAACAAGGAGAGCAUUAUCCCUAAUUUGAUUUGCAUGUGUAGCUGUGCUGUGUCAAUUAAUAAUACUCCCAAUCUAUCAUCCCAAUUAGCUGUUUAUCUGUCCUUGGUUGCAUUGCAGGCUGGAACAAAGGAGAGCAUUGUCCCUAGUGUCCAGAUUUUGGCCAUAGAGGUGCAGUUCGGUAUCCGCAAUGCUGUCAAGCAAGAAAGUGCCUGUGGCGAUUUAGCAAUACUAUCACCCACCAUAUCUGAAGAGCCCACUGGCAAGGUGAACAUCAAGUUCUGGCAGGAGGGCGCCCCCAUCAAAUGUGUUGCGCAGAGCAUGAAGAAGGUGUUUUUCUAUGAGUUCCGAGGGUCGAGAAGCGAGGUUGUUUUCCUCAAGUUCCUUGCGGAGAGAGGGCGGGUGCUGGAGCAGAUGGUUGUUGUGGUAGCCAGCGAAUGUUUCACUUCGGGGUCGGGUUAUGUGAAUGACAAACUGAAGCCUCUGAUCAGUGCAAAAUGGUCGAGCAAAGGUUGCAAACUGCAGCUCUUCAAGAGUCCAGUCGGUGAGGGGUCCGGUCCAGCUUACUCUCACGAACUAGCUUCUGAUUUUGGGUUUCCUGACCCUUUUGACCUCAAGUACUACUAUAAGGCAGAAAGGAUCUCUGUAAGUUGA